AUGUAUCAUUUAAUUAUUCAAGCUUAUUUAUGUCAAGAUCAAAUAAGUGCUAAGAUUUUUCUUUCACGUGCUCAUAUUAUUGAAAAAAUGAUACGAAAAACAAUGAUUACAACUCAAUCAAGAUUUGACGAAACUUAUUAUGAACCAUCAAGAUUAUUACAAAAAUUAUUUAAUAGAAAACGAAGAUAUAUUAUUGAUUUAGAUCUUCAAGAUCAACAAGAUUUAAUAUGUUCAUUAAUACUUCAUAUAUGUUCACUUGAAUUACUUGUAAUACAAUGUAAUUUUAAUGAAUAUCAUAAUAAUUGUAUGAAUGAAUUAAAAUCAAGUUUAUUAAAUUUAAGUCUAUGUCAAUCGUUAUUUAUAUCAUGUUUAAUUCCACAUUCAUCUAUAACUCGUGAUGAAGUAUUAAAUCAUUUAACAAAUCUUCAACUAAGUUUUGAUACUGUUCAUUCAUUAUAUAUUAAAGUACGUUUCCAAUCUAUUGAAAAUACAUUUCAAUCCGAUGAUGAUUUAUCUCAUGCUUUUUUUCUUUUUCAAUUAAAUUCAAUUGUUCAAUUAUUAACAAAAACAACAUUAAUUAAUAAAAAAAAACAAAAAUUAGUUAAAAACUUAGUUCAAAGUAAUUGGUCAAGAUGUUUAACAGCAUUUAAAUGUAUGAUUAUUAUUGCAGUUGGAUCAGUAUUUGUUAUGAUUCCUUAUUUAGCAAAUAAAUUCGAAAAUGGACAAUGGAUUUUAAUUGCAGUUUGUAUGACACAAGGAGAUACGGUUGGAGGAGCAUUUACAACGAUGAAAAUGAGAUUAAUUGGAACAUUAUUUGGUGCAAUGUGGGCAUAUAUAACAUAUCUAUCAGCUGGAGAUGAUACAUAUAGAACAAUCUUAAUGCUUUGUCCAUGGAUAUUAUUUUGUGGUUAUAUGAAAUUAUUUCCUCAAUGGGGUUAUACAGUUACAGUAGCUGCAUCAACACCAAUUGUUGUUAAUUUAGGACGAUUACCAUUUGCUGAUUCAUUACCAGUUGGAAAUUAUGCUCUACUUAGAAUUCAACAAAAUGUUAUAGGAAUUUCUAUUGCUCUCGUUCUAACUAUCGUUAUUUUUCCAGUUUUUGCUAUUGAUUUACUCAAAGAAAAUAUUCAUUCAACAUUAGAAUUAUGUCGAAAUAAUGUGGAAUCAAUUGUCCAUAUUUAUAAAAAAGUAUUUCAUAAUGAAGAUGAAAAUAAUGAUAAAAAUUUAAUAGAUUUUUCAAAAUUUGAUGAUAUUAAAUUUCAUAUUGAUAAUGAACGACGUUGUUUUCUUAAAUCAAUAAGUAUUCAACGAACUUUAGUUGGUUAUGCAUGUAUUGAACCAUCCUGUUGGUGGCUUAAUAAUGGUUUUUCAACUUCACGUUAUAAAAAAUUACUUGAACAACAAAUUGAUAUUUAUCGAAUGUUACAUAAUAUAAAUACAUGUUUAUUACGUAUGAAUGAAUGUUUACAUAUCGAUACAAUUGAUGGUAUAUUUCUUCCUGAAUUUAAUAAUUUAAGUAAACAAUUAAAUGAUUGUUUUAAAAUUUGGUCAUCAUAUUUUUAUUUAACAAAAACCAAAUCUUAUCAAAUAUUUCGUGGUUCAAUACAUCAAACAACAAGUUUAAUUCAAUCGGAUUUAAAUAAAUAUGAACAAUGUUUAAUUGAACUUCAUCGAACUGUUGUUUAUCUUCAAGUUGAACAUGAAAAAGCGACAAAUUUUAUUUUAAAAUAUUGUUUUCGAAGAUUUCUUGAAGAUGAAUUACCAGAAAAUUUUAUUCCAUAUGUUAAAAAUAACGAAAUCGAUUCAAUAUAUAUCACUCUAUCAGCUAUGCAUUAUUCAAUAGCACAACUUGCUCAAGCAGCAUUAUCUUUAGGUACAACAAUACAUGAUGUUUUUGAACUUGAAACAACAGAUUUAUAUGAACCAUUUUAA